CCCUAAAAUGUUUUUGCUUGCUGUUUGGCUUGGAGCAAUGAUGCUUGGAAGGAUUCACGGAGGUCUCUUACUAACCACUGAGGGUCCAAUUUCCGGAGGACCUUUGCCGGAGCCGCCGACCCAACUGGAUGGAUGCUGUUUCUCGGCACUGAAAGUAAUGCUGGAUCAUGUGGCUGCUCAUCAGACGGAGUGGGAUUCCUGUGAGAGAAGUCAACUGGAUGCUGCUCAGGGGGAACAGGAAAGGAUUGGAGGACGACUGGCCGAUCUGCAGGCCAAACUAUCCACUGAAAGUUUGCCGGAGAACAAGACCAACGUUGCCAUUCCAAGGGAUUUCAUCAGAAUUGGUUCGAAAUACUACUAUAUCGAACAAAGUAACAGGCAAAAUUGGUAUGGCGCUGCAAACACUUGUCGCCAAAUGGGCGGUCACCUGGUCAGCUUGGAAAGUCGCAAAGAGCAGUCUGAUAUCGAGAAGCAUCUGAAACAUAUGGAAGUCUACUGGCUGGAUAGCACUGAUUUGGCCACCGAAGGUACCUUCGUUCACAUGAGCACCGGCAAACCGGCAAGAUUUCUAAAUUGGGGUUACGGCGAGCCCGAUAAUCACGGCAACUUUCAGCACUGUAAUUUCCUGUAUAAUGGCUAUUACUAUGAUAGCCACUGCAACACCAAGUGCCUUUUUAUUUGCCAGGCCGGCAAUGAAAUUUAAGAAAUAUCUAAUAAAAAAAUAUUUUAAGCCAA